UCGUGCGGGUGGAACACGUGUGUUCGAGUUCGCCCGUGCCCAUCCAGAAACGAGUAGAACCCACCACCUCAAAUAUCGAAUCCUGAUCGAGCAUAAUCAGACCUUUUUCCUCCUGCACUUCUGUUCUUCGUCACCACUCGAGAUCUUCUACCUUUUCGAUGGCUCUCAACCCUCAACUGUUCCCUAAUGGGAUGCCCGUUCCUUUCGUCAACGAGUUGUUCGUCUUGGCCAGAGACGGCGUCGAAUUCGAGAUCGAUAAGAUCCCCGGAUCCAAUGGAGGCCACUUUAAAGCAAAGGGAACAAUCUACUUAUCAAACAUACGCAUGGUCUUUGUUGCAAAUAAGCCUGUUGGAAACUUUACUGCUUUUGAUAUGCCACUGCUUUACGUUCAUGGUGAAAAAUUCAAUCAACCAAUAUUUUUCUGCAACAAUAUUUCUGGUCACGUGGAACCUGUAGUUCCGGAAAACCAACACAGGGCACUAUAUUCCACUCACUCGUUCAAGAUUUUGUUCAAGGAAGGGGGCUGUGGGACCUUCGUUCCACUUUUUUUCAACCUGAUAGCCUCGGUGAGACAAUAUAAUCAACAAUCUGCUUCAGCCCCCGAGCCUCGCGUGGAUCCUCUGCAAGCAGCACAAACUCCUGUUGAUGAAAUGAUGAGACAUGCAUACGUUGAUCCUAAUGAUCCAACAAGAAUCUUUCUACAGCAGCCUACAUCUGAGUCUCAAUUGAGGAGACGCACGUACCAGAACCACCCUGCCGAGCACUCUAUCUAAUGUCAAUCUUAUGUAUAGCAUAUGACUACUCGUUUGAUUGAAGAAACGCAGUAAAUAACACCUAGUUGGAUGUGUGAAUAAACUACAUAGAACCCACUUAUUUUGUGCUUUUCUAAAUAGCAGUAAGUUCAAUUCCUAAUUA